CGCCGCCAUAUUCGUUUUAACAACAUUACUGUAUAUUGCACGCUCUGUGUUUACGGCUUUUUGAAGUUCUUCGAUCUGUUAUAUACUUAAUUCAGUUAAUUUCCUAAGGAGAAGAAAAUCAAAGUUUCAAGUUUACAUGAUUACAUUUUGUUACCGUUGCGGCCAAUUCAUUCAAAACUACAAAUUGUAUUUAGAAAGUUGGAUUUGCAGGAAUAGUAAUUGGCACACGGCAUCACGAAUAUGACGGCAUCGGAAGUUUCAUAUAAUCGUAAAAUAAUAUCAGAGGAUUUAUCUAAUGUUGAGUUCGACACCAGCGAAGAUGUGGAAGUUAUCCCGACAUUUGAUUCCAUGGGCCUUCGAGAUGAAUUAUUACGCGGCAUUUACACUUACGGUUUCGAGAAACCUUCCGCCAUUCAGCAGAGAAGUAUACUACCUAUUGUGAAGGGCCGCGAUGUUAUAGCUCAGGCUCAGUCCGGUACGGGCAAAACAGCUACAUUUUCAAUAUCCAUACUUCAGUCCUUGGAUACAACUCUUCGUGAAACACAGGUCCUGAUUUUGUCCCCUACUCGAGAAUUAGCCACACAGAUUCAAAAGGUUAUUCUGGCUCUGGGAGACUUUAUGAAUGUACAGUGCCAUGCAUGUAUUGGUGGUACUAAUCUUGGGGAAGAUAUCAGAAAACUUGAUUAUGGGCAGCAUGUUGUAUCAGGAACACCCGGCAGAGUUUUCGAUAUGAUCAGAAGGAGAGUGCUCCGUACAAGGUCUAUUAAGAUGCUAGUCCUCGAUGAAGCUGACGAAAUGUUGAAUAAAGGAUUCAAGGAACAAAUUUAUGAUGUCUACCGUUAUCUACCUCCGGCUACACAAGUUGUUCUUAUAUCCGCUACUCUACCCCAUGAGAUUCUGGAAAUGACAUCAAAGUUUAUGACCGAUCCUAUUAGGAUUCUUGUAAAACGUGAUGAGUUGACAUUGGAAGGUAUUAAACAGUUCUUUGUUGCCGUGGAAAGGGAGGAGUGGAAAUUUGAUACUCUCUGUGACUUGUAUGAUACAUUAACAAUCACUCAGGCGGUGAUCUUCUGUAACACUAAAAGAAAGGUUGACUGGCUCACUCAGAAAAUGCAGGAAGCCAACUUCACAGUGAGCUCCAUGCAUGGAGAUAUGCCUCAAAAGGAAAGAGACAAUAUCAUGAAGGAGUUCCGUUCAGGACAAAGCCGGGUGCUUAUAACAACAGAUGUAUGGGCCAGAGGUAUAGAUGUACAGCAGGUGUCCCUAGUCAUCAACUAUGACUUGCCAAAUAAUCGUGAAUUGUACAUUCAUAGAAUCGGCAGAUCAGGUCGUUUCGGUCGUAAGGGUGUUGCGAUUAACUUUGUGAAGUCCGACGACAUAAGGAUCCUUAGAGACAUAGAGCAGUACUACUCCACACAGAUUGAUGAGAUGCCAAUGAAUGUUGCUGACUUAAUAUAAUUAGUGUCGUAGAUUUUUAUAUUAUUAAUUUCAUUUGAUGAGUGUUAGAAGUCAUUUAUGUUCCAAAUGUCAUAUUAAGCAUCCACAGAUUAUAUAUUGUGAUUUAAGCUCCCCGAACAGAUGAGACAUGUAAAAUAUUUACAAGCCAAUAAACUGUUAUUGUAACCA